AUGGUGCCCUACAAGGCUGUAUUAUCGCUCUCCAGUGACUUCAGUAGCCCAUGGUGUGGUUACCUGUUCAUCAUUAAAGUGCUCAACAUAGAUUAUACAAACUUCUCUAGAAAAAAUUGUAAUUUAAAGAGCUUUUGCAGUAGAAAUAUCCUGAUCAUCCUUGGCUUCUCCUGUGUCAUGUCCGUGACAGCUUUGAUCGCUGUGGGGAUUUCCCAUAACAAAUCAUUGUCACAUAAUGUAAAGUAUGGAAUUGUGCUGGAUGCAGGCUCUUCUCACACAAGUUUGUACAUCUUUAGCUGGGCAUCUGAAAAGGAGAACGACACAGGGAUAGUGCAACAGAUAGAAGAAUGCAAAGUGUCCGGUGCUGGAAUCGCAGCAUAUUAUAGAAGACCAAAUGAUAUAACUGUAAGGCUGACACAAUGCAUGGAGAAGGCCAGGAAAAUGAUUCCAAUGUCCAAGCACCAAGAGACACCUGUUUACAUGGGAGCCAGCGCAGGCAUGCGGUUGCUCAGGAUGGCAAGUGAUCGAAUGGCUGGCAAGGUCAUGGCUGCAGUGAUAAGGAACCUCAACAACUACCCCUUUAACUUCCAUGGUGCCAAGAUCAUCACUGGCCAAGAGGAAGGUGCCUAUAACUGGAUUACUAUCAACUAUCUGCUUGGCCAUUUCGUUCAGAUGUUGAGUGAUGGAGUCCUMAGGGACCCAUGCUUUCAUCCUGGGUAUGAGGAAGUAGUGACAGUAAAAGCGCUUUACGAGACCCCUUGCAUCAGGAGAUUUAAGAAGAUUCUGCCUUUUAAUGCAUUUCAAAUCCAUGGUACUGGAAACUAUGAACAAUGCCAGCAAAGGAUUCUUGAGCUCUUCAACACCAGUUACUGCCCUUAUUCCCAGUGUGCCUUCAAUGGGGUUUUCUUGCCACCAUUCCAAGGAAGUUUUGGGGCAUUUUCAAUUUUCUAUUUUGUGAUGGAUUUCUUUAACUUUACAUCAGAAAAGGUCUCUCAGGAAGAGGCAAUUAGGAGAAUAGGAAACUUCUGCUCUCAGCCUUGGAAUGAGGUAAAGACAUCCUUUCCUAAAGUAGACGAGAAGGAACUGAGUGAAUACUGCUUUUCUGGUAUCUACAUCCUCUCCCUCUUUACAUAUGGUUAUCACUUCACAAACAAGACCUGGGAAAACAUUCAUUUUAUGGGCAAGAUCCGGGGCACCAACGYCGGGUGGACAUUGGGCUACAUGCUGAACAUGACCAACAAGAUCCCAGCUGAGCAGCCAUUCACCGCACCUCUYUCCCACUCAACUUAUGUGUUCCUUAUGUUCUUCUUCUCCCUGUUGUUGGCCAUAGAGAUCACUGCAGCCUUGUUUAUCCUUAACAAGCCUGCACAUUUGUGGGAAGAAAUGGUAUAG